UCCCAUAACUUUAUGUCAAAUUUGGUGACAUCAACUAUCUCACUUAGCUGGCUAUGAGAGGUUAAGUCAUUGGUGUCCAAAGCCGGUCCUCGAGGGCCGGCAUCCUGUAUGUUUUAGUUCUCUCCCUGGUGGUAGUAACAACCAUUUCAGUAUUCUUUUUAGGCCUCUAAUGAGUCAUCAUUUGAUCCAGGUGCGUUAAACCAGGGAGAGAACUAAAACAUGCAGGAUGCCGGUCCUCGAGGACCGACUGGGCAACCCUGGGUUAAGUGGUUAAAGCAUUCCCUCUGCCUACAUCCCCAGAAUACUUGAUCAGACUUCAGUGAAAUUAUUGAAUAUUCUAUCAGACAUGUUAUCAGUAGAUCACAUCUGUAUUGCAAUUAAUUUAUUGUCCAGUGUUAGGUGUCACAUGCAGCUGAUGUGUUUAAUUUUUUGGGAACUUUCUUAACCCUAAUGAAAUUUGCUCUAAAUCAAACAUGGUUUUGUGAUGCCUAAUUAGUUUAUGAAAGCUUGCGAAUAUGCAGGAUCUCAAUUGCUUGAUCUGUCGUUUAUGAAUGACAGAAAGCAGUUGUUUUCAGUUUUAUGACCAAUCUGUUUAGUAAAAAAAAGCUGCUGUGUGUUUCUGCAGGAGUCAGGUAUGUCCCUAUGGGUGGCUGAACUGCUGAUGCCUCUGGGUGAUAUGCCAGUCUUGGCCACUGUCACAGUUGCCUGUAUCAUUGUAACCACGCUGACAGAGGUGGCCAGCAAUGCUGCGACCAUCACCAUCUUCCUCCCCAUUCUCUCUCCUCUGGCAGAGGCCAUCCAUGUUAACCCAUUAUAUGUCCUCAUCCCUACCACACUGUGCACAUCCUUUUCCUUUCUGCUGCCAGUGUCCAAUCCAUCCAAUGCUGUUGUAUUUGCCUAUGGUCACAUCACCGUCAUGGACAUGGUGAAGGCAGGUCUUGGUGUCAACGUGAUUGGACUUCUAGCAGUCCUUUUGGCAGUGGCAACAUGGGGGGUUCCGCUCUUCUCUCUUGACACAUAUCCUGAAUGGGCACCAGUUCUUCCAGGCUUUAACUCCACAAUGCCUUAAUAGGAGGUUCACAACAGUUUUUUUUGCAAGUUAAGCUGUUCCAUGCAAACAGAAAGGAAGCAAUAAAACUGUUUUUUCUAUUUUAAGAUUCUUCAAACUGUUUCAUGAAAAAGUGUUUCCUCUUGCCAAUUUCUUCUAAAUACAAAAAGCAGGUUUCAAAUCAUUAUGAAGAAGUUAUCUGAACCAACCUGGUUUUAGGUUAAAAAAUACAGAUAAUAGUUUGUGUUGCUUUUUUAUGUAUAAAUUUGCUCCUUUAAAUAAAAACAGUUUGAUGUCAAUAUAUUCUCAUUUCCUUUGUGAUGAGCAGAACUUUUGCUAAUAAAAAAGGAACUAAAGUGAAAUUGUAAUAAGGUACUUGUUACUUUUAAUAUUAGUAACUAUUUGCAUGUCAGUGCAAUUUUUUAAUAGAAAUAACUUCAGCAUCACUCUCUUUUCUUUUGAACAAAUUAGUAAUUAUUUCCUGCACUUAGGCCUGUCGAUAAACGAUAAAUCAAUUAAUCGCACGAUAAAAUAAACCUAUCGACCUCAUUUUAAUUAUCGG